UGUUGACUCUGUCAUCUGAUCUCUUAUGUCUCUGCAGUUUCUACAGGACACCUUGGAUGCCCUCUUCAACAUCAUGAUGGAAAACUCAGAGAGCGAGACUUUUGAUACACUGGUGUUUGAUGCUCUGGUCUUUAUCAUUGGCCUAAUUGCUGAUAGAAAAUUUCAGCAUUUUAACCCUGUGUUGGAAACCUACAUUAAGAAACACUUCAGUGCAACUUUAGCCUACACGAAGCUCACUAAAGUGUUAAGGACCUAUGUGGACAAUGCGGAGAAGCCUGGAAUCAAUGACCAGCUGUACAAAGCCAUGAAAGCUUUAGAGUACAUCUUCAAGUUCAUCGUGCGCUCACGGAUACUGUUCAAUCAGUAGGUACCCCCAGAGAACGUCAAGAACAUCCUUCACUUCCUCUCUUUCCUUUUACCCUUCUCCAUUUUUCUUUCUUCCUCCUUAUCCUUUCCUCCCUCCCUCCCUUCCUUCUUUCCUACCUGAGUGAGUACUAAUAGGUGAUGGAAUGGUGUGGGCUUGCCCAUGGUGGCCUUUACUGCUUGCUGAGCAAAAAUAUGCAAGCUGUGACAUGUUUUUGUGUAUGUAUGUGG